AUGGUUAAAUCAUUAGUCUUGCUCUCUUUGUUAAUAGUUAGCUAUACAGUAGAAAUAAAAAUUAAUGGAUGCACUUGUGAUGAAGUGUUAAAGUAAGAUGAAUGCGAUAACUAUCAUCCAGGAGAACUGAAUUGUGAUUGGAAUGAAUAGAAAAAUGUUUGUGAAGCUGAUCCAAAAGUUACUUGUUCUUUGAUAGAAGGUUAAGAAAGGUGUAGAGUAGAACCUAAUUGUGGUUGGGUUUAAGGUAAAUGUGUUGAUUUCAAAUAAUGUUCUGAUUAUAAAGAGACUGUGGAUUAAAAAUGCAAUAAUAUAAACUUUAAAUGCAUUUUAGUGGAAGAUGAUAAAUGUGGAGUAGAGAAACCUUUAGAAUGUGAAUCUUUUCCUAAUGAAAAUUGCAAAUACACUUCAAAUAGUAUAUGUGUUUUAUCUGGUGAUCCUGCAAAAUGUACCACUAUGACAACAUGUGCAUCAGGUAGUUACAAUUAAGAUUAAUGCAAAAAGAAUCUUAAAUGUUUUUGGGACACAGAUAAAUGCAGAGAUAAAAAAUGUUCUGAUAUUAUAGGAAAGGAUUCUUGUAAAUUUAUCUUUUCACCUUGGUCACCACUUGCAACAUUAUGUCAUUGGACAGCUGAAGGUAAAUGCAUUGAUGGAGAAGAUGAACAUUAUACAGCUGAAACCUGUUUUUCUGAAAGUGCUUAUUCAAAGGUUUGGAAAGAUGGUAAAUGCCAAUCUUGUACAGAUUCUCCAGUUGAUAGUAAAGCCUUAUCAAUUAUCAUCAUGAUUCUAUUUGCAAUAAUAAUGGUGUGAUAU